AUGUUCUCAUCAAACCGCACGCGCCAUCAAGAGGGCAGCUUCUCGAAACAUCGCGCAUCCAAGUCCAAAUCACACAAGAAGAACCCCUCCUUCAGAGACUCACCGAGGAGAGUAGAACGACUAGCACAGCAUGCCCAGGCAUCAUCACCACAAUCGAACCAAACUUCUCCAACACUGGGAAGUGCCAUCAUCACUAUCUCCGUCGGCCGCGAGCAGCGACUAUUUGCAGCGCACGAAGACGUUCUAUCGCAUUCUCCCUGGUUCCAGACUCUCUGUAGCGGUCAGUUCUUCCAGUCUACCAACAAGCGCAUCGACCUACCCGACGAAGAGCCCGAAGUCUUCUCAUCGAUCCUCGAGUACCUCUACAAGGGCGACUACUACCCACGUAUGGAGUAUGACAAGAAGCGAAACAGCUGGAACCUUGAAGAUGGUGGAAACGCCAACAACGCCCACGAAGCCAUCGUUCAGUCUUCGGUUGGACCGAUACUGAAAGACACCGUCAUCUACUGUCAAGCCGACAAGUACGGACUCCAGGAACUGAAGAAACUUGCGCUCAAGAAGCAAGGCCUCCAAUCUGGCAUCCAAUGCUCGACUAUCUUAACCUCCGCCCGUUACGCAUAUGCCAACACUCCUGACAACGACUCCAAGCUUCGCGCACACUACCUCGCGCUCAUCAUCCGCGCCCGACACACAUUUAAGCGCAGCGGCACAAUGCAGAACGAGAUGGAGAACGGUGGCAAGCUCUUCUUCGACUUGUUCGUUGCCAUGGUCAACCACAUGGACGACCUUUCAGCGAAGUCGCCGCACUAA